UCUGCAGGAAUACAGGUUGAAGCAUUAGCUGACGCAGCAGAGAACUAUCACCAAGUUUUUGCAGAAAAUUGGAGGCUAUUUAAUGAGGUUCAAGAUCUAAAAGGUAAUAUCAGAGUGUAUUGUAGGAUUAGGCCCCUACUUCCUGGACAGAGUGGAAAACAGUCGAUCAUCGAACGUAUUGGUGAUGAUGGACAGUUGGUUGUCGCUAAUCCCUCCAAACAAGGCAAAGAUGGCCAUCGCAUGUUCAAGUUCAACAAGGUGUAUGGUCCGGCUUCUUCUCAAGAGAUGGUAUAUUCUGACAUCCAACCCUUCAUUCGUUCUGUUCUUGAUGGAUAUAAUGUGUGCAUAUUUGCUUACGGCCAAACUGGUUCAGGAAAAACCUAUAUGAUGAGUGGUCCUAGUGCAGCGACUGAGGAGAGCUGGGGUGUCAACUAUCGAGCUCUUAAUGACCUUUUCAAUAUGUCUGAGAGCAGAAGUAGAGCCGUCGUGUAUGAAAUCUGGGUUCAAAUAGUUGAGAUCUACAAUGAACAAGUGCGAGAUCUACUCUCCAGCGAUGCUGUUCCAGAUGCUAGCAUGCAUCUUGUGAGAGCAAGCUCGGAUGUUAUGGAACUAAUGGACAUAGGACUUAAGAAUAGAGCCGUUGGUGCCACCGCAUUGAAUGAAAGAAGUAGCCGCUCGCACAGUGUCAUCACUGUACAUGUUCGUGGGACAGAUGUGAAGACUGGAAGCGCUCACAUGGUUGCGGGAAGCGAAAGAGUCGACCGCUCAGAAGUAACUGGUGACAGACUGAAAGAGGCACAGCAUAUAAACAAGUCAUUCUCUGCCCUUGGAGACGUCAUUUUUUCUCUUUCGCGGAAGAGUCCUCAUGUGCCUUACUGUAAUAGCAAGCUCACUCAAGUGCUACAGAGUUCUUUGGGUAAUUCUCUUUAUAAUGCCUUGAAUUUGCUUAUCUUGUCUCUAUAAGAUUGUAGAAUAGUCCAAGUACUUGAGAGUGAAAAUCAGAAGCACUUCGAAGUUUCUACAUGCAUCCGUAUAUCCAAAAGAGUUUCCUCAUGUGCCUUACCGUAAUAGCAAGCUCACUCAGUGUGUUUAUUAUUGUUUCUAAAAUGCUGUUUGCUGUUUG